CUAUGAGGUAACCAAAAAAAUACCCUGAAAGCUCUGGGUUAAAGCAUUUCCAUUGUUAAUAAAGAUCAAAUGAAAAUAAAACUUCUCCGAUUGGUAGAGGACCCCAUAGAUUGGUAAUUCUGGCACUCCUGGAACACAACACUACGGCUGUGUUACGUUUUCGUUCAUCGCCGACAACGUGAACGUACAAAACUGCGGACUGCGGACUGUGCGGACAAAGUUGUGAAAAGAUGGCGGAUGAAAACGAAGAUCAGUGGUUAUACGGUGAUUCUGUUGACACUAAGGAUGAUUCUGUGGCUGAGGGUCAAGGGGAAAAUAAAAAUGAAGAAAGCUCAUUACCUAUGGAUAAAGAAUCUGGAACGAUUGGAGAAGAAAAUUCCGAGAACAAGCCUGAGGAGUCACCGGGGGUGACAGGAGAUUCGGCAGCACCUGAUGGGGAGGCACCAGAACCAACAACCAACGGUAACGAAGAAGAUGCUCCGGAAACCAAUGGAAGUAACGGAAAAGAGGCUCAAAGUCAAGAAGAUGAGGAAGCUCAAAGUGAUUCGGACUCGGACGACGAUGUACACGUUGUCAUAGGUGAUAUAAAGUCCACACCGGCGUAUGGGAGUUUAAAUAUCAAGCGUGGUGGACUUCUCACAAACACGUCCGGAGGACCUGACAAAUUGAACAAGCAGCCUGGAAAAUUUAGUAUUGAUGAAUUCGAGACCAUCGGUGUAAUAAAUGGUAUCGCCGCGCACGAAUACAAUUUGGAUCAACUGGAAGAUAAGCCCUGGCGUCAACCUGGAGCGGAUAUAACUGAUUAUUUUAAUUAUGGAUUCAACGAAGAAACUUGGAGAGCCUAUUGCGAACGUCAGAAAAGAAUGCGCAGUGAAUCUGGUGUCGGAUUGAUAUUGAAUGCUGGCGGUGGAGGCGGAAAUCCAAGCAGUGGUUCCAGGGUUCCGCAGGUCGCAAUUACCAAUGACAAUAGUAAAUAUUCAGGUAUCAUGGGUCCAAAAAGGGCAGGACCACCACCUGGCAGAAAAAUGGCAGGAACUAUAGAUGUGAUUGGCAGUUCGGGUCUUGCGUCCAGAAGAAAUCUCGACAAAUCUCCACCAAAAGAAAAUGUGAUACAAGUUAUGACUGCUGACAGAAGAGAAUAUUCAAGGAAACCUGGCUUUCCGGACAUGAGUGUACCUCCACCCGGUGCUGGAAUUCCACCGGCGUUUGAUAUGCCUCCUCCCGGAUAUCCUGGUGAACCACCGCCUUUCUACAUUCCUGAAGCAGAUCCUUAUUAUCAGAGCUAUGAGCCUACUCAGGACAGUCAAUGGGGAAACGAUCCGACAUGGCAACCAACCAAUUUGGCCAUACCAAUAACUGACACAGAGGAGGAAAAAGACUGUGGUCCAAAAACCAUUCCAACAAUGGUACCACCGAUCUCUAUACCUCCACUGAUGCCACCAAGAGACCAGAAAGAAUCGAGAGACCGUGAGAGAGAACGGGACAGAGAACGAGAGCGGGAGAGACCCGAGCGAGGGGAACGAGAUCUCGAAUCAAUGGGUCGUGAAAGAGAACGUGAACGUGAACGAGGCGAGCGUGACAAAGAAUCGGUUGCGAGAGAUCGUGAACGUGAAAAAGAAUCGGUCGCUAGGGAUGAGGAUAGGGAACGCGAUCGAUCAAGAUCGCAGUAUCGGCAUAAAGAGAGGCACAGGCAUCGAUCGCGAUCGCGUUCUCGCCGUCACAAAUCAAGAUCGCGUAGUCCAAGUCGUCGAAAGAAGAAGUCUCGAAGAUCCGACAGAGAGCGUUCCAAAGAAGAGAGCGAAUAAAAUCUCGGCCUCGUGAAUAUUCCAUUUGUGUGUGAUCGCUGUGAGUGUGAUUUGAUGGAAUUUGUUAAUUGCGUCAAGAUGCUAAAGACUCGAUCAAACAAAGAUAACACUCAAUGUCAGGCAAGAUUUUCAAUCCGAGUAGGUACAAAAGAGUGGACAAGUUUCAUUGAAUUCCUUAUUCCACAUCGAAAAAUGUACAGUGUCGAUGAACAAUGCGACAGUUGGGUUUUACGUAUAUUUCCAGCGUAAUACCGUCUUUUUCUGUAUAGAAAUGGCUCAUCAUUGUUUUUAUCCGAAAUCGCAAUAUUUGCGUUUAAUGCUACGAAAAAAAACAAUUAAAAAAUUUUUAGAAAAUACACGUGUCCAAAAAAUUUAA